AACCAGAAAGAAUUGGUUAGAAAAGAACAAGUGACGUCAAAAGAAGUCGCGUGAUCGUUCUCGAGGCUACGGACUGGUCAGAGGUAUCUCUUAUAACAGUGAUCUUUGUCAAAAAUCCAACUGAAACGGACAAUAUAUUAUCAUUUUAACGAAACAUUUAUAAUUGACCAUAUUUUCUUGAAAAAACUUACUUUAUUUGUAAAACAAAAAUUUAAUAUUCUUUACGAAAAUCAAAAAGUAUUUGAAAUUUAUUUUAUAAAAAAAAACGGAUCCACCUAAUGAGAAUUACUGGUAAAACGAUUUCCUCGUACUACAAUCUGUACGUAAUAAUAAUCGCUAUAAGAUUUAAGGAAUAUGCGUUGCGCGGCGCGUACUAAUGUUCGGAUUUUUCCAAUGAACGUGCAGAUUGGAAAAGAAAUAUCUACAUGCUGUCAUAGGAUGACUGACCCGAAAAUCGAAAUGCAUUACACACCACCAAGUUCGGAUACUAUUCAAACAAAACCUUUUCCUAUUCGUGGUGAACGAGCUAAUUUUGUAAAUAAGCCACAUGUGAUUGCUAUGGUAGGAUUACCUGCCCGUGGCAAGACAUAUAUUUCAAAAAAAUUAUGCAGAUAUCUCAAUUGGAUCGGUAUAAGUACAAAGGUGUUCAAUUUAGGGGAAUAUAGACGACAUGCAACUACUGCUUAUCAAUGCCAUGAAUUUUUCCGUCCUGAUAAUAUUAAGGCAAUGGCAAUACGUACUCAGUGUGCGAUGGAUGCCCUUAAAGAUGUUUGUCAAUGGUUGGAAAGCGGAGAUGGAGAAGUGGCUGUAUUUGAUGCUACCAAUUCUACUAUCGAAAGACGACAACUUAUUAGAAACAUUGUAGUUGAAAAAAUGGGAUUUAAACUUUUUUUUGUUGAGUCUGUCUGUAAUGAUCCUGAAAUCGUUGAGCAAAAUAUCAUGGAAGUAAAAGUAAGUAGUCCAGAUUACGCAAAUAUGAAUAAAGAAGAAGUAUUGGCAGACUUCAUGCUACGAAUUGAACAUUAUCAAGAAAAAUAUCAACCACUGGAUGAAGCUCAAGAAAGCGAUCUUUCUUUUAUGAAAAUUUACAACACUGGCGAAAAAGUGCUAGUCCAUAAACAUGAAGGUCACAUACAAAGUAGGAUAGUUUAUUAUCUUAUGAACAUCCAUAUAGUGCCACGUACGAUCUAUUUAACUAGGCACGGCGAAAGUGUGAUGAACCUUGAAAGUAAAAUAGGUGGAGAUUCAGUGUUAAGCGAAAGAGGCUGGGAAUAUGCCAAAGCAUUGUCUAAUUAUAUUACUAGCCAAGAUAUUCAGGGAUUGCGAGUAUGGACUAGCUGGUUAAAGAGAACCAUUCAAACGGCAAGCGACGUGAAUGCGCCUCAAGAAAGGUGGAAGGCGCUAAACGAGAUUGAUGCAGGUAUUUGCGAAGAAAUGACAUAUGAAGAAAUUGCAGAAAAAUAUCCAACAGAUUUUGCUGCAAGAGAUCAAAAUAAAUUCUCUUAUCGUUAUCCAAGAGGAGAAAGUUAUGAAGAUUUAGUCGCACGACUAGAACCGGUAAUAAUGGAACUAGAACGGCAAGGUAACGUUCUAGUUGUUAGCCACCAAGCGGUUUUACGAUGUCUACUUGCUUAUUUCCUAGACAAAAAUGCGGAUGAAUUACCAUAUUUACAAGUUCCAUUACAUACUAUUAUUAAAUUAACACCUGUUGCUUAUGGUUGUAAAGUGGAACAUAUUCGAUUACCAAUUGAUGCAGUGGAUACACAUCGACCAAAACCAAAGAAUGCCUGACUAUUAGUGGAUUGGGACUACUUUCUCUCGUAUCUAAUCUUAAUUUAAUAUAUCCUAAAAGUUAUUUAAUUUCAAGCUUUAUAAAUUAAAAAUUAUAUCGCAUGCAUUUUUUUUCAUUAAAUUAGCAUGAAGAUUUAUUAAAUUAAAAUUGAGAUGUCGUACCACGUUCAUAAUUAUUAUUAUUAGAGAUGUACAAAUAUCUGAAUCACGAAUAUUGGAACAUUUCAAAUUAUCGGAAUUGCGAUUCGAUAUGAGUAAUGAUACGAAUAUAAUUUCAAAUACUCACACAUAUUUAAUUUAUUAUAUUGUAAUAGUAAUAUAACACAUAGAAAUAGUUUUGUGUAAAUUUAUAUAAUGCAUAUAAUGAUAAAUAUUAAUUUACGAUGAUUAGUCAUAUAUAUUAAUAAUGUCAAGUUUGUUGUUAAAAUAGACUGUAUAAAUCUAUAAUUAAAACAUAUCGCCACCAU